AUGAAAGAUGAUAUCAAAUACGAAGAAACAAAUCUCCGAUCGCCGGACACCUGGACCGACUCAACCAGGGUUGAAAGCCGCGAUGAACAACUGGGAUCGACGCGAAGAGGCCUCAAGGGUCGACACAUCCAACUCAUUGCGUUAGGUGGCACGAUUGGAACUGGCCUUUUCGUGGGUUCGGGCGCAACCCUGGCUCAAACCGGGCCUGCUUCUUUGUUAAUAUCAUACAUCGUUAUGUCAGCCCUGGUUUGGAUUGUUAUGCUUGACCUUGCCGAAAUGACAUCCUACAUGCCAAUUAAAUCCCUGACCGUUCCAUAUCUCGUGGAUCGAUUUGUGGACAAGAGCUUGGCUUUUGCGACAGCGAUCAAAAUCAUGGCAUUUACCAUACUGAUUAACCUGCUUAUUAGGAUGGAACUACUGGUGAGGAGAUUUCCCACCCAACUUUCACUGGGCAUCCCUCUAAUGGCCUGGCCAACUAGGAUCGCAUACACGAUGAUUCCGGGAGCCGAGGCUACAGCUGCAGCGGUUGUCCUCGAGUACUGGACAAGCGCAGUGCCAACUGUCGUCUGGAUUACAAUUGUCCUCGCGGUCAUUCUGUUGCUGAACCUGGUUACGGUUGCAAUUUUCGGAGAAACCGAGUUUUGGUUUGCCUCGAUCAAAAUCCUGGCCAUAAUCGGUCUGAUUAUCCUCGGAGUUGUGCUCUUUUUUGGAGGAGGGCCAGACCACGAUCGAAUUGGUUUCCGAUACUGGGAAGACCCGGGAGCGUUCCGUGCGUAUCUUGUUCCGGGGCCUAAGGGGAAGUUCCUUGGGGUCUGGAGCGCGUUGGUCAAGGCCGGGUUUUCCUACAUCUUGUCGCCGGAGCUCAUCACAACAACAGCAGGAGAAUGCCAGGCGCCUCGACGAAACAUUCCCAAAGCGGCACGCAGAUACAUCUACAGGCUUAUUUUCUUCUACGUGAUAGGUGCCCUGGUCAUCGGCGUCCUCGUUCCGUAUAAUGACCCUCGCCUUCUCGGAACGUCCAACGCCUCUGCGAGUCCAUUCGUCCUGGCCAUCGAGAACGCCUCGAUCCCAGUUCUCGAUCAUAUCCUCAAUGCCGUGAUUCUGACAUCCGCUUGGAGCUCUGGAAAUUCGAUGCUAUAUGCCGGAUCGCGAUUACUCUACGGAAUGGCGUGCAAUGGUGACGCGCCGGCCAUUUUCAAGAGGUGUAACAGGUUGGGGAUUCCCUACAUGGCAGUCUUGGCCUCUUUCUGCCUCGGCUUGCUGGCAUAUCUUAAUGCUUCCAGUGGCGGUGCCGAGGUUUUCAACUGGUUGGCGACGGUCACGACGGUCAAUGGCUUGUUGAGCUGGUCUGUUGUGUUAUUCACAUACCUGCGUUUCCGCAAGGCGGUGCAAUACUAUGAAAUUCAGAAUCGUCUCCCUUUCAAAAGUCCGUUCCAGCCAUACUCCACGUACAUCUCGCUCGCCGGAAUGGUUCUUCUAUGUAUCACCAAUGGCUUCGCCAACUUUAUCCCUGGCAACUUCUCAACCGCGAACUUCCUCACUUCCUACAUUACGAUUCCCAUAUUUGUUUUCGUCUAUCUUGCGCACAAAUUUUUCUACAACAAGGGCCCAUGGGUCCGAUCAGAGAAGGAAAUAGAUGUCUUUAGCGGGCUAGAGGAAGUGGAGGAGGUGACUGCGAGAGACGUUGAGCCAAUUCCCAAUGGAGUAUUUCAAAAGAUCUGGUUUUGGAUUUGCUAG